GUUGUACAUCCGGGUCGCUGGUUCACGAACAGUCAGUGCCAUUAGCUUGUAGCCGCAGCUGUGAGGGGGGAAGGCCGGUCAAGAUGCAAACGUCUCUCGUGAAGAUCGCUUUAGUUUCCUCUCUGCAUGUGUUGUUGUCUUUGACGUGCUUUCAAGAUGUUGUCGAAGCAGCCAGCGGGAAAGGGUUUGGAGAUAACAUCCACUGGAGGACGCUGGAUGAUGGCAAGAAAGAAGCCGAGGCCAGCGGGCUGCCCAUCAUGCUCAUCAUCCACAAGACCUGGUGUGGAGCCUGCAAAGCACUGAAGCCCAAGUUUGCCGAGUCCAAGGAAAUCUCUGAACUCGCACACAACUUUGUCAUGAUCAACCUGGAGGAUGAGGAGGAGCCGAAGGAUGAAGCCUUCACCCCCGAUGGUGGAUACAUUCCUCGGAUUCUUUUCCUUGAUCCCAGCGGUAAAGUCCAUCCUGAAAUCACCAACAAGAACGGGAAUCCAAACUACAAGUACUUCUACAGCAACGCAGAACAAGUUGUGUCCGGUAUGAAGGAGGCGCAGGAGACGCUGACUGGCGACUCCUCCAAGCAGGGUCACACCGGAGACGAGCUGUGAGGAGGCAGACGGGCGUCAGGGCUACACUUCCUCUACCUGAGCGUGACACUCCCAAACCUUCUCUAACUAAACUCGUACUUUAGACAGCGGGGUCCGUCUCACCGAACCAAGACGACCACUAACAUCGGUGCUUGAGUAUUUCUUCUGUCUUGUACUGGUUUCCUGGCAUCGUCUGUUUUAUUACAUGUAUAUUUGUAAUCUACUGUUAAAGCCAUAUACUGUACUCACUGUCUGUAGAGGACGUUACCAACACAAGCUAGCCAAGUCAACUAGUAUUAACUCUCACUUGCAUACUGUUGGGUGGAAACCGCCAAGUUUGAAGUAAACUGCUGGGUUUGUUACUCGACCAGCAUGAAGUCUUUUUGCUUUUAAGAAGUGUCACCUUGUAGUACAGCUUUGUGAUUCAUUUGUACCUGUAGAGUUUCAGCCAACAGCAAUGAUACAGUAUUUCAUAUUAGUCGAGACACCUGUGAUGUGCUUCCAAAGAUCCUCUACAGUACGUUAAUUAUGGGACUAUUUACCAACAUGGGCUCUGUACUUCUGAUUUCUAUUAUCCAGUCUUUAAGAUAAUAUUCAUUUCAACCUGUCAUGUAGCUUCAUCUACAUCGUUGCUUCUCCGCUCGUAAAGUGUCACUCAGUUUCUUUUAGUGUUGAAUUAGGGAUGAAAACAUUGGAUGUGUCUUGAUGUAUUUUAUACACGUACACAGCCAAGUGUGCAAAUAAAGUUUGUUGUAAUGAAA